AUAGUUCUUAAUAUCCUCGUGAUGAGCAGAAAGACACUGAGUGACGUCCUCCUGCAGGAACUGGAUGAGCUUGCAGAGCAAGACUUUAAAAGAUUUAGACACAAAUUAUCUGAGUUUGUCUUUGAUGACAAACCCUCAAUCCCCUGGUGUAAACUGGAGAAGGCUGACACGAUAGAUGCUGCGAGACUCCUGAAAGAACACUAUGGUCCGGAGAGUGCUGUGGCCGUAGCUAUCAAAAUCUUCACUAGCCUCAAUUUCAACAACUCUGCCAGGAAACUCAAACAGGAAAAAGAGACAGCUUUGGGUCCUCAGCAAACACCUGAAACAUCAGCAAAUGCUUACAGGGUGAAGUAUAGAGAACAUAUACGAAACAAAUACAGCGCAAUAAAAGACAUGAACUCUCGUCUUGGUGAGAAUGUGAAGCUAAACAGCAGAUACACAAAGCUGAUCAUUGUAAAUGAACAUCGUCACAAAAAGCAGAGAGAAAAUGAAAUAAUGGCCUUGGGACAGAAACAUGAAAAAAUCAUCUCUAACUAUAGUAGUUCCAUCACCAUAGGCCAUUUAUUUGAACAUAAUGAAGAUGGACAAUUACCACAAAUUGUCGUGUUGCUCGGAGCUGCAGGGAUUGGAAAAACACUGACAGCAAUAAAGAUCAUGUUGGACUGGGCAAAUGGAGAACUGUAUCAGAGCAGGUUUGAUUAUGUUUUCUACAUAAAUUGUAGGGAACUUAACUUUGUCAGUGAGCAGGGAAGUGUUGAAGAUUUGAUCUUCAAGAACUGUUCUGAUCAAAAUGCACCAACUAAAGAGAUUUUGAUGAAUCCAGAAAAACUCAUGUUCAUAAUUGACGGUUUUGAUGAACUGAGAUUUUCCUUUAAUCAGUCAGAAAGUAAUUUCUCCUCUGAUCCCUGUGAGAAGCAGCCAGUGGAAAUCUUACUGAGCAGUUUAUUUAGGAAAAAAGUGCUUCACAAAUCCCACCUAAUAAUUACUACAAGGCCAACAGCUCUGGAGAAACUCGGGCAGUGUUUGAAAUAUGAACAUUGUGCAGAACGUUAUGCAGAGAUCCUGGGGUUUUCUGAAAAUGCGAGAGAAGAAUAUUUUUACAAGUUCUUUGGGAAUGAAGAACAAGCAAGAAAAGCCUAUAACUUUGUAAAAGAUCGUGAAAUGCUCUUCACCAUGUGCUUUAUUCCCAUUGUGUGUUGGAUCAUCUGCACUGUUCUGAAACAACAGAUAGAAGCAGGUGAAGAUCUUGCACAAACUUCAAGAACGGUCACUGAUGUCUACAUGCUCUAUCUCUCCAGUCUGAUGAAAGGUCACAGCAGUAAUUCAAAGCAACAGAUACAAAUGAACUUGAAGGGACUUUGUUCCUUGGCUGCACAUGGAGUAAGGAGGCAGAAAAUACUCUUUGAGGAAGAAGAAAUCAAGCAGCAUGGCUUAGAUACAGCUGACUCUCUCUUUCUGAAUGAGAACAUGUUUCAGAAAGACAUUGACUGUGAAUACGUGUACAGCUUCAUUCACUUGACUUUUCAAGAAUUUUUUUCAGCUUUAUUUUGUGUGAUGCAGAAAGAAGAAACAGUGGAAGAUUCAGAAACUUUUUUGAAAAAUGUCAACAUGUUGUUGAAAAAGAAUUCAAAUAGAAAUUCUGACAUAUUAAUAGUGCGAUUCCUGUUUGGUCUUUUAAAUGAUGAGAGAAAGGAGGAUUGGGAGAAAAUACUUAGCUUUAAAAUUUCACCACGAAUUAAAGAAAUUUUACUAAAGUGUGUUGAAGAAACCCCCAUGUUGCCAUUGUCCGGUUUUGCUGAUCGUUCCUAUCUUGAGAAGUUUUACUGUUUGUAUGAAAUUCAAGAAAAACAAUUUGUGCAGAGUGCAAUGAAUCGUUACACUGAGCUAACAUUAAAUAUCUAUCGCUUCACCAAAAUGGAUCAAAUUGUUCUUUCAUUCUGUAUAAAGCAUUGCUGUAAACUGGAGUCACUUUAUCUAAGAAUGUGUUCCUUUCAAACUGAAGAAGAUGAUGAAGAUAUGCCAGGACCAUGCAAGAAGCCACGUUGCUUUAAUCAGUGUGAUCUCGGAGGCGCUUGCUGCAAGGAUCUUGCAGAUGUUCUCAGAACCAGCCAGAGCCUGAUAGACCUGGACCUGUAUGAGUCUGUGGAAGAUGCUGAACUGCAGUUGCUGUGUGAGGGACUGAAACACCCCAACUGCAAACUGCAGAGACUGGG